AUGAGUGCUGACUCUUGUUGGGAUGUUGAAAGAUGGUGGGACAAUGCUUUCAUGCAAGAAGGCCAUUUACACCAGUUUCUUGGAUGGUGGAGAAUGCCAGAAACUAUCAAGACCAACAUUGAUGAGCUGGCAAUCCACCAAUCAGUGUGUAGUUUUCCUUGGAUGGAGGAACUAACAGACUUGAUGAAGAUCCACCAAGCAGCUGGAGGAAUGCAAUGGGCCAUCAGAUUCCAGAUGAGUAGCCCCAAAAAAAUUGCAUUGGUUUUCCUGUUCUGGCGCCCCGAUGCCAACUGUAAACUGCACUCCUGCAAGGGGGCAGUGGAGUGCCUGAUGGACAUAGAAGAUAUCCCAUCAACCCUCUCCUCCAUAUGGCUAACAAUUACUCAAUUACAGAGUCUUGCUGUGAUCCUCUUUGCUGGAAAAGUUGCAGAGGUGGAUGAUGAAAAAAAUGUUAUCAGGUCAUGUUGGGAUGUCAGUGCAGCAAACUGUACUGAAAAACUCUACAACAUCAGGGAAGUUACUCCUGGACUUAUUGCUCUUGCUGCCAUUUUGGCUGCCAGACCACGCAGGAAUGCGUUGGAACAUACACCAGUGUCGCAAGUGGACCUAGGCACUGAAUCUGACCUUUCAGCAGAACAGGAGUUCUUCAAGGAAUUCAAGGUGGUUGUAACGACUAAGUUAAAUGUUGAUGGUGGAACUCUAAGUCCAGAAAUGGUUCCCCAUGUGCAACAUCAAGUCAAGGAGCAAUUUUCCAAUGACAGCCAUGCCACAGUGGCCACCAAGAUCACAGCUACAUUCCCAGCUGCAGAACCACCUAUAGGCCCUGCUGCAACCGCUGCAGUGCUAACCCAGUGA